GCGGCGGGUUGUCGGGGGUGCGGCCCGCGCCGCCGGGACACCGCCGGCGGUCACGUGCUGGGCCGGUUGGAGGGGGUCAAGUACCUGAGUGCAAGAUCUGAUAGUACCAAUCACUGAUGGUAUCUGGGGCCUCCAUGUGAACAGAUGCUGUUCUGCAGGGGUGGCAGCCAAAAUAAGACUCAGAGAUGAGUACUGAAGCAGAACAGCAGCUUCUCCAUGAUGCUAGAAAUGGAAAUGCUGAAGAAGUUAAACAGCUGUUGGAUACCAUGGACAAAGGAGAAAUAAGUUUUGAUAUCAACUGUAAAGGCAGAAGUAAAUCCAAUAUGGGUUGGACACCACUUCACCUUGCUUGCUACUUUGGGCAUGCUGUUGUAGUAGAGGAUUUGCUGAAGGCUGGUGCAGAUGUGAAUGUGCUGAAUGACAUGGGGGACACUCCACUCCAUCGUGCAGCUUUCACUGGACGUAAGGAGGUGGUGAUGUUACUCUUGCAACAUAAUGCUGAUACUUCUAUCGUUAAUGGGAGUGGAGAGACUGCAAAAGAAGUUACUCAAGAUAAAGACAUAAGGAAUAUGUUGGAAGCAGUGGAAAGAACACAAGAAAGAAAACUGGAAGAAGAACUCUUAGGAGCAGCAAGAGAGGGGGAAACAGGGAAACUGACUGCCUUGUUGAACAGGCCCAAACCACCUUACAUCAACUGUACAGAUCAGAUGGGGAACACACCAUUGCAUUGUGCAGCGUACCGUGCGCAUAAGCACUGUGCAUUGAAACUUCUAAAAAAUGGAGCAGAUCCUAAAAAAAGAAACAAAAAUGAUCAGACACCCCUUGAUCUAGCCCAAGGUGCAGAAAUGAAACUGAUACUGGGAGGUAAAACUGGAAAGGUCAUCAACAAACCCUUGAGACGAUAUGAAGGUCUCCUAUGGAAGAGCUCACGAUUUUUUGGUUGGAAACUCUAUUGGAUAGUUCUAGAACAUGGAGUCCUUUCCUGGUAUCGGAGACAAGCUGAUGCAGUGAAUAAUGAUCAUCGUCAGGGAUGCAAGCAUCUAACACAAGCUGUCUGCACGGUAAAAUCUACAGAUAGUUACUUUUUUUCUGUUAGAUGUUUUGAUGACACUGUUCAUCGUUUCAAGAUACCUAAAAAUAGCCUUCCAUCUCAAACCAGAGAGAGUUGGCUGGAAGCAAUAGAAGACCACUCUGCAUAUAGCACACACUACUGCACACAGGAACAGUUGAGUAGUGAUGAAGAAGAUGAUGCAGUACCUGUUACAUACCUACAGGAUACUCUGAAAAAAGCACAAGCUUGCCAACAAAGACUCAGUAAAGAGAUUUCAGACUUUCUUGCAAUGGUUAAAUCUUUGGAUGCUACAAAAGGAAUAUCUUCUCCCAUCCUGCAAAAAGUUGAUGUGGUCUCUGAAGUAUCCCAGAGAACAUGUGAGGCCCUGGCUGACUGUCUCAACCUAUUUACAAAGCAAGAAGGGGUGAGGAAUUUGAAACUGGAGCAUGAGCAGGAGAAAAACAAGAUCUUGUCAGAAGCAUUAGAGACACUAGCUACUGAGCACCAUGAACUAGAGCAGUCGCUGGUUAAGGGAUCUCCGCCUCUCAGCAUCAUCAGUGAAGAGCAGUUCUAUGAUGCUGUUUCAGAUUCAGAAUCUGAAAAAUCAUUAAGUGUAUUUGAAACAACGGCCUACUCCCUGGAGGACAUGGAUUCAAAAGAUACAAUAACUUCAGACAUGCCUGAAGAAAAGGUUUGUGGCAGUGGGGAGUCGCUGUCCAACGGGAUCAAGAAACACAGAACAAGUUUGCCAUCUCCGAUGUUUUCCAGAAAUGACUUCAGUAUCUGGAGUAUCUUAAGAAAAUGCAUUGGAAUGGAGCUGUCGAAGAUCACAAUGCCUGUUAUCUUCAAUGAGCCGCUGAGCUUUCUACAGCGACUUACAGAGUACAUGGAGCAUACAUACCUCAUCCACAAAGCCAGCUCACUCUCCAGCACAACUGAGCGAAUGCAGUGUGUUGCUGCAUUUGCUGUGUCUGCUGUGGCCUCACAGUGGGAACGUACAGGGAAGCCAUUCAACCCAUUGCUUGGAGAGACGUAUGAAUUGAUCAGAGAUGAUCUUGGAUUUAGACUUCUCUCAGAACAAGUUAGCCAUCAUCCACCAAUCAGUGCUUUCUAUGCUGAAGGUUUAAAUAAUGAUUUUGUGUUUCAUGGAUCCAUUUAUCCUAAACUCAAAUUCUGGGGCAAGAGCGUGGAAGCAGAACCAAAAGGCACAAUGACUUUGGAGCUUCUUGAACACAAUGAAGCCUACACAUGGACAAAUCCUACGUGCUGUGUGCAUAACAUUAUUGUGGGCAAACUUUGGAUUGAGCAGUAUGGAAACGUAGAAAUAACAAACCAUAAAACUGGUGAGAAAUGUAUACUGAGCUUUAAGCCCUGCGGCCUCUUUGGGAAGGAGUUGCACAAAGUUGAAGGCUACAUUCAGGACAAAAGUAAAAAGAAGCUUUGUGCGCUGUAUGGGAAGUGGACUGAGUGUUUGUACAGUGUUGACCCAGCUACAUUCGAUGCUUACAAAAAAACUGACAAGAAGAAUACAGAAGAGAAGAAAAGCAGUAAACAGGUGGGCAAUACUGAGGAACCAGACGAGAUGCCAUUGCCAGAUUCGGAGAGUGUGUAUGUUAUUCCUGGAAGUAUUUUGCUGUGGAAGAUAACUCCAAGACCUCCAAAUUCAGCCCAGAUGUAUAAUUUUACUAGCUUUGCUAUGGCUUUGAAUGAGCUGGACAAAGAAAUGGAGAGUGUCAUCCCCAAAACUGACUGCCGGCUACGACCAGAUAUCAGAGCCAUGGAAAAUGGAGAAAUAGACCUAGCUAGUGAAGAAAAGAAGAGGCUAGAAGAAAAACAAAGGACUGCCCGCAAAAAUCGUUCAAAGUCAGAGGAAGACUGGAAAACGAGAUGGUUCCACCAAGGUCCCAAUCCCUACACUGGUGCACAGGACUGGCUCUAUUCUGGCAACUACUGGGACAGAAACUACUUUAACUUGCCUGAUAUUUAUUAAACUGCAAUAAGGAGCCUGUGACUGAUACAAAUAAGUCUUAAUCUGUUUUAAUGUUUUCCCUUGUUUUACUUAUCUCCUGAAAAAACUGACAAGUUAUCAAGAAGAUUAUUAAGCAUCUCUCCACAGUAAAUCCAGUGGUACAUGAUCCACAGUCCCAUAGGUAGGGGAAUAUUUUUUCUGGCUGAUGGUGGGUCCUGUGUGGACAGAGUCACCAUGGUUUCAAGCUGCCCUGUUUGCUGAAUACACCUAUAUUAGGUUGUGGUGUAUGAGGAGUAGAACACCUUCGGCUGUUCUGUGAAUACUUUCUUUUGUAGAGAACAUUGGCACAAGUAAAACUGAUUUUAUUUAUUGUGACUUGGGAAUGCUUAAAAGCACACAGAGCAAACUGCAAUAUUCUGUUCGUAGGUGAAGAAGGACGUGUCACUUUUGUAAAGAUGUAAUUUUUCAUAAAGUUGACUUUUCUUUUACUAAAGUAACUCCCUUAAUCCUGAGCUCUGGUCAGAGAUUCCAGAAGCAUUCUGGUCUCUGGAGCAUUAAUGCAGUUGUUUAAGCUGGUAGCAUUACUCAGAGGUAUUUAUUCCAUGUUUUGUGCAGUGUGUUCUGAAUUUUGCUCUUCUGUUUUGCUACCAACCUUAAGGUUUAAGGAAUUAAGAGCCAUUCAAAUAUCUACAGAUUUGAUUUGAACUGCACACUAGCGACAGGUUUGAAAAGAAUCUGUUUCAUGCACUAAAAGUUCUGGUGUCCAGCACCACUGUAUAAAGACAAGAACCUCAUCAGUCUAGGACGGUGGAACGUGGUGGGGAGGGACAGGACCUGUGUCUGUACUGUGCAAACUCCCUGCGAGGAAGUCUUGUGCAUUUCAAAGGUAGUACAGCACCUCAGUGAGGCCUCCUGUGCACAGCUGCUUUACCCCUUUUCAGUGGGGUGCAUUCAAUCUUAGCAUGUAAGUUUAUAUUGAACUGUGUACAGAGCUUCUAGAGGGCAAGCUGCUCUUUGUACAAUAUUUUAACUGCUGCCUGGAGGUUAGUGUUAAUUGAAUAAUUUAAUUGCUGGUAAAUAAAGGCUUCAAAAUUUCUUGCAUCCA